UGAUCACUCCUUCCGAGCUUCAGCCAUGGACACCAGCGCCGGCAACCGCACGGAGGCGGCGCGCAACCUCGCCAUCGCCGAGCGCCUCCUCGCAGCGCACGAUCUCGUCGGAAGCAAGCGAUUCGCUGAGCAGGCCCUCGAGCACGAUCCCCUCAUCGACGGCGUCGACCACGUCCUCGCGAUCGCCGAGGUCCUUCUCGCCGCCCAGACCCACCCUGGUGACCCUUUCUCUAUCCUCGGCCUCGAUCGAUCCGCCGCCCGGACAGACCCCUUCAGCCCCUCGCCGCAAUUUCCCCCUCAGCUGCUCAGGGCCUCGAAGGUCCUCUCCGAUGCCUUCUCUGCUAUCUCCAACGAGCGAUCAUCGCCAACUAACGCAUCUCCCUUCUGGACCGCUUGCCCGGCGUGCUGCCACGUUCACCAGUAUGCUCGGGAGUACCUUGAUCGCAAUCUCCGGUGCCCGUCGUGUAGCCGGGUAUUCCAGUCCAAGGCGCUUCCGGAGCCGCCCCCCAUCGUUCCCGGCACAGAUUCCUACUUUUGCUCCUGGGCUUUCUUCCCCAUCGGCUUCCCCUCAUCCCCCAUCGAUUCCCACUGGAAGCCAUUCAUUCCAUUCUUCCCUCAAAACCCAGAUUCUAACACCCCUAAAGAUCCGAACUUUAGCCCUAAUUCCAGGGACGCCACGUUUCUAGAGAAGAAUGGUGAUGCCCCUGCGACAGGUGGCACGGGAAGGAGCAAGAAGGUAGCGAGGAAGAAGGUUGGAGGGAACAUGAGAAAGAAAGUAUUAACCUCGGAGGCCAUCAAGGCGACGGGGAUCAAUAUAAAUGAGGUUGCAGGAGGGGGUCCAGAAGAGAAGAGUAUGGUUGAGGAUGAUGUGGAGUUUCAUAUAGAUUUAGAUUCCACAGAAGAGUUGCUGGGGAAUUUGCAGAACCUCCCUUUCCUCAAGGAUGAUGAGUUCUCCAUUCGGACUGAUUAGCAGACUGCUGCUAUUGCUACCAACGCUGUGAGCUUGUUGUUGUAUGAUUAAUAGAUUAAGUUGCUGUUUUUACUGAUUUCUGUAUUGGUAUUUUACGGGACAAUGACUUGUGACUCCUUCAUAGUGUGAGAAUUGUCAUUGCAGCAAAAAUUUGAUUGAAUCGAUGUGACCUACCAUUGGUCAGUUUGGGUGUUUGA